CUCUAGAUGCCGACAAAGAGCACACAAUCAAGUAGAAGGACUAGUUAAAAUAGAGUGCAAACAACAUAAAUAUAAAUACAGCUGUAAAUUUUACAGACGAAAACAGUCAUCCAGGAGGAGCUCUUCUCGACGGCGCUGUUCUUCUGGCUCUGAUUUCUUUGACAACAGAGUAAAAAUUAGUGCAAAACUUGCACUUCAAAGGGUUUUUUGUGAUUUCGUCUCCUGCGAUUUAGCUUGGUUAGGGUUUUGAAAAACUCAGCAGAGGUUAUUUGGGGGUUUUGGGAAGAUGGAUACGCUGGACGCAGACAUAGAAAGGAUUCAGGAGGAAAGACGGAAAAAAGAACAGGAAAUGGCAGCGCUGUCCGCCGUUACAUUUGACAAAGAUUUGUACGGGGGAAACAACAGAUUUGAGGGUUAUGAGCGUUCCAUUCCCGUGAAUAAUGAGGAUGAAGAGGAAGGGGACGCGGCAGAGAGAGAGAUUGCGAGGAAAUUGGCGUCUUACACGGCCCCCAAGUCUCUGCUAAAGGAUUUGCCACAGACUGGGGAGGAUGACGAUCUAGGGUUUAAGAAGCCGCAGAGGAUUAUUGAUAGAGAGGAUGAUUAUAGAAAACGGAGGCUCAACAGAAUUAUAUCGCCCGACAGAAAUGAUGCCUUUGCCAUGGGGGAUAAAACCCCGGACACUGCAGUUCGAACCUAUGCGGAUGUUAUGCGCGAGGAGGCACUGAAGAGGGAGAAAGAGGAAACGUUGAGGCUGAUUGCGAAGAAGCAUCAGGAGGAGAAGGAGAAGGGGAAGGAGGCCGGGGCCACUCAGCAGGAUGUGUCGCAGGCAUCUCAGAAAAGGAGGAAUAGGUGGGAUCAGGCUCAGGAACAGGAGAAUGCUGCCAAAAAGGCAAAAGUUUCUUUGGCUUCUUCGGAUUGGGACGCCCCUGAUGCCACCCCCGGGAUUAGUAGAUGGGAUGCCACACCGACUCCAGGGAGGGCAAAUGUUGAUGCCACGCCUGCAAUUAACAGGCGGAAUAGAUGGGACGAAACACCUACUCCUGGGAGGCUUGCCGAUGCGGAUGCAACUCCUGUUGGAGGCGUCACACCUGGUGCUACUCCGGCAGGGAUGACUUGGGAUGCAACUCCAAAGCUUUCUGGAUUGGCCACUCCUACACCCAAGAAGCAGAGGUCAAGGUGGGACGAGACACCGGCAACAAUGGGCAGUGCCACACCAAUGGCCGGUGCAACGCCUUCAUCCUUUACGCCAGGUGUUACUCCCAUGGGUGGGAUUGAUCUGCCUACACCCACUCCUACGGCUAUCAAUUUGAGGGGUGCCAUUACUCCUGAGCAGUAUAAUUUGCUGAGGUGGGAGAAGGAUAUCGAAGAGAGAAAUAGGCCUCUGACAGAUGAGGAGCUGGAUGCUAUGUUUCCACUGGAGGGGUAUAAGAUCUUGGAUCCUCCAGCUUCUUACGUGCCCAUCAGGACUCCAGCUAGGAAGCUCCUUGCGACACCCACUCCACUCAUGGGUACACCACUUUACAGUAUUCCCGAGGAGAAUAGAGGCCAGCAGUUUGAUGUCCCCAAAGAGGUUCCUGGUGGCUUGCCUUUCAUGAAACCUGAAGAUUAUCAGUACUUUGGUGUGCUAUUGAAUGAGGAAGAUGAGGAGGAGCUUUCUCCAGAGGAUCAGAAAGAGCGUAAGAUAAUGAAGCUGUUGCUGAAGGUAAAAAAUGGUACGCCACCACAGAGAAAAACAGCAUUGAGGCAGCUUACUGAUAAAGCAAGGGAGUUUGGUGCUGGACCUCUUUUUAAUCAGAUUUUGCCUUUGCUCAUGUCCCCAACGCUGGAAGAUCAAGAGAGGCAUCUCCUAGUGAAGGUUAUUGAUCGAGUUCUUUACAAGUUAGACGAACUGGUUAGGCCAUUUGUACAUAAGAUUCUUGUGGUUAUUGAGCCACUUCUUAUAGAUGAAGAUUACUAUGCCCGUGUGGAAGGGAGAGAAAUUAUCUCAAAUUUGAGCAAAGCUGCAGGACUGGCCACUAUGAUUGCUGCCAUGAGACCUGAUAUUGAUAAUAUUGAUGAAUAUGUUCGAAACACAACUGCAAGGGCUUUUAGUGUUGUUGCUUCUGCUUUAGGAAUUCCAGCUCUCCUGCCUUUUUUGAAGGCAGUGUGUCAAAGCAAGAAGUCAUGGCAAGCUCGACAUACCGGUAUAAAGAUUGUUCAACAAAUAGCUAUUCUUAUGGGUUGUGCUGUUCUCCCACAUUUGAGGUCACUAGUUGAAAUCAUAGAGCACGGUCUUAAUGAUGAGAAUCAAAAAGUGAGAACUAUCACUGCAUUGUCCCUUGUUGCCCUUGCAGAGGCGGCAGCACCUUAUGGUAUUGAAAGUUUUGAUUCUGUUCUUAAACCUCUGUGGAAGGGAAUCCGCUCCCAUAGAGGUAAGGUUCUUGCAGCCUUCUUGAAGGCAAUUGGGUUUAUCAUACCUUUAAUGGAUGCUAUGUAUGCAAGUUACUAUACAAAGGAAGUGAUGGGCAUCUUGAUCCGUGAGUUCCAGUCUCCUGAUGAAGAAAUGAAGAAGAUUGUUCUGAAAGUUGUUAAACAAUGUGUCAGUACAGAGGGUGUUGAAGCAGAUUAUAUCAGAGCAGAAAUUCUUCCUGAAUUUUUCCGUAAUUUCUGGGUUCGUAGAAUGGCUCUGGAUCGAAGGAACUACAGACAACUGGUAGAUACAACUGUUGAGAUAGCUAACAAGGUAGGAGUUGCAGACAUUGUGGGAAGAACUGUUGAAGACCUUAAAGAUGAAAGUGAACCUUACCGUCGGAUGGUAAUGGAGACAAUUGAAAAAGUAGUUGCCAACUUGGGUGCUUCAGAUAUUGAUGCUCGCUUGGAGGAAUUGCUGAUUGAUGGUAUACUUUAUGCUUUCCAAGAGCAGACCAGCGAUGAUGCAAAUGUGAUGUUGAAUGGUUUUGGUGCUGUAGUGAACGCGCUAGGUCAGAGGGUUAAACCAUACUUGCCUCAAAUUUGUGGUACCAUCAAGUGGAGACUCAAUAACAAGAGUGCAAAGGUCCGACAGCAAGCUGCAGAUCUUAUUUCCCGAAUUGCUGUUAUAAUGAAGCAGUGUCAAGAAGAGCAGCUCAUGGGUCACUUGGGUGUUGUGCUUUAUGAAUACUUGGGAGAAGAAUAUCCAGAAGUUUUAGGAUCCAUUCUAGGGGCAUUGAAGGCUAUAGUAAAUGUUAUUGGUAUGACCAAGAUGACUCCUCCAAUUAAAGAUUUGUUACCCCGUUUAACUCCAAUUUUGAAAAAUAGACACGAAAAGGUCCAGGAGAAUUGUAUAGAUCUCGUUGGAAGAAUUGCUGACAGGGGAGCAGAGUUUGUACCUGCUCGAGAAUGGAUGAGAAUUUGCUUUGAACUGUUGGAGAUGUUGAAAGCCCAUAAGAAGGGGAUUCGAAGGGCAACCGUGAAUACAUUUGGAUACAUUGCAAAGGCAAUUGGACCACAGGAUGUGCUUGCCACUUUGUUGAAUAAUUUAAAGGUUCAAGAACGCCAGAAUCGUGUCUGUACGACAGUAGCUAUUGCUAUAGUGGCAGAGACUUGUUCUCCAUUCACUGUUCUGCCAGCACUCAUGAAUGAAUAUCGGGUGCCAGAGUUGAAUGUUCAAAAUGGUGUGCUUAAGUCACUUUCAUUUCUUUUUGAAUAUAUAGGGGAGAUGGGAAAGGAUUACAUAUAUGCUGUGACACCAUUACUUGAAGAUGCACUUAUGGAUCGAGAUCUCGUGCAUAGGCAAACAGCAGCUUCGGCAGUGAAACACAUGGCUUUGGGUGUUGCAGGACUUGGCUGUGAGGAUGCUUUGCUACACUUGCUAAAUUAUGUAUGGCCAAAUAUAUUUGAGACAUCACCUCAUGUCAUAAAUGCUGUCAUGGAAGCAAUUGAAGGGAUGCGGGUUGCUUUAGGAGCAGCAGGUGUUCUCAAUUACUGCCUCCAAGGUUUAUUUCACCCAGCAAGAAAAGUUCGUGAGGUCUACUGGAAGAUUUAUAACUCACUUUACAUUGGAGCUCAAGAUGGACUUGUGGCUGCUUACCCCACUCUAGAAGACGAGUUUAAUAAUGUAUACAGUCGUCCAGAGUUAAUUAUGUUUGUUUAGAUUAGACAGAGAAAAGAAAUGCUUCUCUGAGAGAUUUCUACUGUUACUGUACACUUAUUUGAAUAAAUCCCAUGGCAUAUUGCUUUAUUGUAUGUAUUUUAUAAACCUUCUGAUUAUACUUGUUAACUGCAUAAGCAACUUCCAAUGCCUGUAAAUAUUUGGAGCUCUGA